AAAACUGCGUUUUUGCGACUCUCGCCAAACAAGCCCUUAAAUCUUGAUGAGAAGCAAAAACCCUAGCCCAAUCGCACCCUUGGGUUUACGACAAGAACCCUACCUGACCCCAAAAUUCUCAAAGCCUUCCCCUUUCAACACCCCAACUCGCCUGCGUACUGCAUUAGUGCACAGAGCUCGCUCUGUCUUCAAGAUUUCCCGGAGCCCUCUUUUCUUACUCAAGUGUAGUUGAGCACAUUUUUGGUACAAUGGAUGUGGGGAGCUUCAGCUCUGAAGUGGGUGCUUUGAACGGAGCGGUAUACUCUCUCGUGGAAGCAGCGGUGGUGGACGCGAUUUUGGUUGCCGGGAGAUCUCUUUCCUGCCUGCUCACCAUGACAGGAUUGCUGUUAAAUGGUAUAAAUUUGUCGCCAGCAUUAAUUAUGACAGAUGAAAGGUUUCCUAUAGAAGAGCUUCACAGAAUGGGACAGCCUGAUCCUGAAAACGUAGAUGGCAGUGAUACAGAGGAUGACGAGGACGAGGACGAUGAUGGUGGGGAAGAACAGGAUGAUGAUGAGGGAGAUGAUGACUUCUCAGGUGGAGAAGGGGAGGAUGAAGAGGAAGGGGAUCCCGAGGCUGAUCCUGAGGCCAACGGAAAUGGGGGAAGCGACGAUGAAGAUGAUGACGAAGACGAUGAAGAUGGUGAUGAUGACGAUGGUGAUGAAGAGGACGACGAGGAUGAGGAUGAAGAGGAGGAUGAAGAGGAGGAGGAUCCCCAGCCACCAACCAAGAAGAGGAAGUGAGCAUAAUUGUAGUGUAGGUUUCUAUGUUUUCCCCUGUUUCUUCUCUUUUAGUGAACUCUGUAGCAGGGUUUCGACUUGGUUGUCUAUUUAGGCUAGAAAUUGACCAUCCUGAAUGAACCUCUUUGCUGGCAUUUAUCAUGUUACAGAUCAUUAUGAUAUAUAUUGUUCCCUUUGGUGGGAUUAAUGGCA